AUGCAGCAGCGCUUGCUUUCUGCUUCGGCCGUGCGUGGCGAGGAGAAGGCGCCGGCCUACCCUUUUGCGUCGCACGUCGUGACCCGCUCGCAUGCGGCGCCGCGCGAGGACUCGGUGCGUGCCGCGCCACCUACGCCGCGGCACCCGUCGCGGGGUGUGAUGCCGCGCGUCGACUCGCACCUCACGACCGAGAUUGACCCGGACGAGAAGAUCGCACGCCUUUUCUCGCGCCGCUCGCCGGAAUGCGUCCCGCCGGGCUCGAUCAUGCUCGUUGAAUCGUACCUGUCGGCGUCCAAGACGAACACGACGACGUUCUCGGGCGUGCUCAUCGCCGUGCGCCGCGCGGGAAUCGCAACGACCUUCCUCCUGCGCACGAUUGCGCACAAGCUGGGCGUCGAGGCGCGCUUCUUUGCAUACUCGCCCAUGAUUAAGGAUAUCCGCGUGAUCCAGCGUGCGGAUGCGCGCAAGGGCGAGCGUGGCCUGCUGCGUACGCGCCGCGCAAAGCUGUACUACAUGCGCCGCCGCGACGACCGCCGCGUGAACUCGGUCGCGCACGUCGUCAAGCAGUUCCGCUCGAACGAGCUGCAGCAGGCGGACCGCGCACGUCGCCAGAAAAAGUAG